UGUUGCUUGUUAUAUGUCUCUCUUCUUUCUCUAUAGUAUUAUUCAAAUUAAAAUGGGUUUAUCUAUUCAUUGCUUCCUAGUGGUGUUCUUCUUGAUAAGCAGUAAUUUCACUUCUUCAGUAAAUGCUGCUAUUCUUGAUGAACUUCUCCCAAAUGGAAACUUUGAAGAGGGACCAAAACCAUCAAACAUAAAACACACAAUAAUCAAAGGCAAAUACUCCCUUCCAAAAUGGGUAAAAAAGGGCUUGGUUGAGUACAUAUCAAGAGGACACCAGCCAGGUGGCUUCUUUUUUGCGGUUCCACGUGGCGUCCACGCUGUAAGGCUAGGGAAUGAUGCCUCCAUAUAUCAAUAUGUGAAACUUGUGAAAGGAUCCUUUUACUCUCUUACAUUUAGUGCAACAAGAACUUGUGCACUUGAUGAAGUUUUGACUGUUUCAGCCAAUAAAGUCUCAGCAGAUUUACCCAUCCAAACAUUGUAUAGCAGCAAUGGAGGGGAUACUUAUGCUUGGGCCUUUCAGGCCACUUCUGAUAUUGUUCGGGUCGGGUUUCAUAACCCAGGUGUAGAGGAAGAUCCUGCUUGUGGGCCACUUUUGGAUUCUAUUGCUAUCAAAGAGAUGAGUCCACUCCCUAAACCCAAAGGAAACCUAGUAAAAAAUGGAGACUUUGAAAUAGGUCCACAUGUAUUCAAGAACUUUUCAACAGGAGUCCUUCUCCUUCCACAUUCAAUGGACUCAAUUUCUCCACUUCCUGGUUGGAUCAUUGAAUCACUAAAACCAGUCAAAUACAUCGACUCAAAACACUUCUCAGUUCCCUCAGGAUUUGCAGCAAUUGAACUUGUUGGUGGUAGAGAAAGUGCAAUAGCCCAAAUCAUAAGAACAAUACCCAACAAAUUCUACCUCCUAACCUUCAAGAUCGGCGACGCGGAAAAUGGAUGCCAUGGUUCCAUGUUAGUAGAAGCUUAUGCUGGUCUUGAAAAUGUUAAAGCUAAGUAUGAAUCAACGGGAAAUGGUGGGUUUACUUCUGUUGGUCUUAAGUUUAAAGCUACAUCAAAUAGAACUAGGUUAACAUUUUGGAGUUCAUAUUAUCAUACUAAACUUGAUGAUGUUACACAUAUGUGUGGCCCUGUAUUGGAUGAUGUUAGGGUUGUGCCAUUUUAGUAUUGUGAGGGACACUAAGAGUUUUACUUUUCAAGUGGGUAGAUUUCUUUUGGAGAUUUAGAGAUACAAAUUGGAAAAAGGGUUAUUACUAUUAUGUUAAAUUGAUUAAUGGUUAAUUAUCAUUGUAUGUGAAAUUUAUACAUGCAAAUUAAAAGAAUUUUAUCUUUUGCUC